GACUUGGCAUCUAACAGACUUACCUCCUGACUGCAAAGUCUUAGGUAAUAAAUGGGUUCUAAAAACGAAACGGAAACCUGAUGGUGCAAUCGAAAGGUUCCGAGCUCGCCUAGUAGUUAAGGGCUACAGGCAGAGAGAGAAUAUAGAUUUCUUCGAUACCUAUUCACCAGUAUCAAGAAUAACAUCCAUUCGUGUAAUGAUUGCUCUUGUUGCCUUGAACAAUCUCGUGGUACACCAAAUGGAUGUUAAGACCGCUUUUUUGAACGGUGAUCUGGAUGAAGAAAUCUAUAUGGAACAACCAGAAGGGUUUGUUAUCCCCGAACAUGCCUCAAAAGUCUGUAAGUUAGACAAAUCAUUAUAUGGUUUGAAACAGGCUCCAAAACAGUGGCAUGAGAAGUUUGACACUCUCGUUCUCUCACAUGGCUUUAAGGUGAAUGAAAGUGACAAGUGUAUUUACUGCAAGUCAGAAAAUAACACUUGCACUAUCAUAUGUUUGUAUGUAGAUGACAUGUUGAUAUUUGGUACAAAUAUUCACGUGGUCAAUGAAGCAAAAGCCAUGUUGAAAGAGAGCUUUGAGGUGAAAGAUCUGGGAGAAGCAAAGUUUAUGCUUGGAAUCCAGAUAACUAGAACAACAAAUGGUUAUUCUCUAGAUCAAUCUAGCUACAUAGAGAAGAUCUUGAAGAAAUAUAACUAUUUCGACUGUAAACCUGCGUGUACUCCGUAUGAUGCUAGUGUAAAGCUAUUUAAGAACACUGGAGACAGUGUAAGACAAUCAGAAUAUGCUAGCAUCAUUGGCAGUCUUCGUUAUGCUGCGGAUUACACUCGACCAGACAUUGCAUAUGUCGUGGGAUUGCUUGGCAGGUUUAACAGCUGUCCUAGUAGAGUGCAUUGAAAUGCUAUAGAGAGGGUCAUGAGAUACCUCAAGAGAACAGCAAACCUUGGUAUACACUAUCAAAGGUUUCCUGCUGUACUAGAAGGGUAUAGUGAUGCGGAUUGGAAUACCCUAUCAGAUGACUCCAAGGCAACCAGCGGGUAUGUUUUUAACACCGCUGGUGGAGCUGUGUCUUGGAAGUCAAAGAAACAAACAAUCCUAGCUCAAUCAACUAUGGAAUCAGAGAUGAUAGCACUAGCAACGGCUAGUGAAGAAGCAAGUUGGUUGAGAGGAUUGUUGUCAGAGAUUCCCCUAUGGGAUAGGCCGGUCCCUCCGGUAUUGGUCCAUUGUGAUAGUACCUCAACUAUCGCUAAAGUUGAGAACUAGUUCUAUAACGGAAAGAAACGACAGAUUCGUUGUAAGCACAGUAUUGUAAGAGAACUCCUAAGAUAGGAGCAGUGAGGGUGGAUCAUAUAAGAUCCGAACAGAAUCUAGCUGAUCCUUUGAGGAAAGGAUUACCUAGAGAGAAAGUCCAAAAUACCGCCAAGGGAAUGGGACUUAUGCCUACCGAACCACGGACUACAAGUGAUGGUAACCCGACCCAAUAGACUGGAGAUCCCAAGAAUUGGGUUCAAUGGGUAAUAACAAGUCAUGAGUAGCAUGCGAAAAGUUCAUGCAUUGUGAAGCAUGAAUCCCAAAGCAAUGGAGGUUGAGUUAAUAAAUGACAUCUAUACCCUAUGUGGGGUGGAGUACUUUACUUUGGGGGUACUCCUGAUAGACUCACCUAUGUGAAUGUGGGAGUGAGGCCGCUCCCUAUGAAACUUUGGAGGCACAAAGUUGCUAGAGCGUUCACUAAACCAGGAUAACAUGCAUGGCCAUAAACGCAUGGGCUAAGAAGAGAACACAACUCAAUGAAAAGAUCCGGUGUGCUACACUGUCUGAGAUAGGGUUCAAGACUACGAGUCACCCUUAUGAAAUCGGAUGUGUAACCACUACGCUAAGGUUCAAAUCUUCGCGAUACCUUAGCUUAUGCCCGAUCUUAUGGAACUGUUGAUGCUCAGAGAUAGUUUCAACACUAUUCAAGUGGGGGAUUGUUGGAAAUGUAUAUGAAUAGCUUUGAAAGCUAUAGAGUCUCAAGUGGAAAAACUACCACAUUGGUAGUUUUACUUGGUGAAAUGGGUAUAAAGAUAGGAGCCUCUCUCCUAAGGGCAUGCCCCUUGGGGUGACCCACUUUUGUGGGAGAGGGAGGACCUAACGGACCACCACACACACACGCGCGCGGCCGGUCGGUUGGUUCACUUGAGACUACAUAUAUAUUUUUGGAGAAAUUCCGAACGAAAUUAAUUAUCUAAUAAUUAAUUAUUAAUCGGUUAUUCUGAGGAAUAUUCUAAGGAUAAUCGACUAAAAUAGGAAUAUUCGA